GAAGGCCUCAGUGUCAGAGCAGCCCUAGGGCUUGCUCAGAGCAGGAGCACCCUGCGCGUUGAGGCAUUUGUCAGUGGGCAGCCGCACACUGACAGGAGCCUUGUUUGUUCUAGUGUUGGAGCACAGCCUGCAAACUUGCAUGGCGGUGCUACAAUGAUUCAGCAGCUUUCUGCUGCAGUUUGCACUGUUUUCGGCAGCAUUUAUUUCAGCUAUUACCUGAGUAACCUGGCAUGUCACCUGAGGCAUGUAUUCAGAGAUGCUGAUCAUGAGACCACAGAAGCAACAGCAGUCUCUGCCCUGGCUUCCUCUGCUUUUGGAGAAGAAGCCAAAGAGGAACAAAAUGACCACAAGCCUCCAUCAGUGGUCACACCAGAGCCUGAAUAUUCCAAGCCUGCCUUUCUAGAGAAAGAGCAGGAGCAGAUUGAUUUAUCACAGAUGCCAUGCCAGGCUCAGGGAGAGCUGUUCCCAGCCCGAGAGCAGGAAGAGCAGCUCAGGCAGCAGGUGGAAGAGCCACAGCAGAAUGGCCAGGACAUCAAGACAGAACAGCAAGCAGAGCUGCCCGAAGCUCAGAGUCCCAUCAUGGCAGUGAAGAGGAGAAACGAAGAAGACAUGAGAAGAAUUCAAGAGAAGAAGAACCUCCAUCAACAGAGGGGCGAUCAACAAAACCAAGUGAGUGAAAGAGUGGCAGCCACUCCACUCAUGAAACAUCCUCUCUUUUGUUGUUUACAGAACAUUGAGAAACAGCUGCAGGUAGAGCUGCAGGAAACUGAGGCUAGGAUCAAGGCAAGGGAGAAGAGGACAGAAGAAAGAAUUAAAAUCAUCAGAAAGAAAAUUAAACUCCUCCUUCAGGAGCAAAACGCUUUAGAAAAGCAAGUGGAAGUGUCGCCAUCCUACCCGGCAGCCUUUGAAGAGUUCCAGCGAAUGACAGGAGACCAAGAGCCCCGAGGCUGGAGUGAGACCCAGGAACCAAACCAACCAGAGAUGCUGCAGGAUAAGCACAUCCCAAGGAUGGUGCAGGAAAAAAGAAUUCCACAGCAGGAGAUCCACACUGGCUUUGUCACUGAAGAUGCUGCAGCAGCAGCAGCAGUGCUGCCCCAAGAAGCCUUUGCUCCCCAACCUGAGAAGUGGAGCCGGGGCAGUUUGUUCAUCUCCCGUGCUGACCCAGGUGCUGCUCAGCAACAGGAGAUCAAGGAUGACUCCCUGGAGCAAUGGAGGAGAAUGGUGAAGAUGGAAAAUCCCAUUAUGAAAUACACUACUCUGGAAUAUAUUGGCAGUGGGACUUUUGGAGAUGUUUGCAGAGCACUCGACAAUGCCACAGGAGGAGAGGUGGUCAUAAAGAAAAUAAAUCUUCAAGAACUGAUCAGAAAGGAAGUAAACUUUAAUGAACUCAUGGUCAUGAAAAUUAAUAAGCACCCAAACAUUGUGAAUUAUUUAAAGAGCUACCUUGUGGAUGAACAACUCUGGCUGGUUAUGGAGUACAUGGACGGAGGCACCCUGAGCGAUGUCAUCAAUGAGACUCACAUGUCUGAAAGAGAGAUUGCAGCCGUCAGUCGGGAGUGCCUGCAAGGACUGGAUUUUCUUCACUCAAACCAUGUGAUCCACCAAGAUGUGAAGAGCCACAACAUCCUUCUCAGAACCGAUGGCUCUGUCAAGCUGGCUGACUUUGGCCUCUUUGCUCAGCUCCCCCCUGAGCAGAGUAGACGGAGCUCCAUGGCCGGCACUUCUGGGUGGAUGGCGCCUGAAGUGGUGACAGGUCAACCAUAUGGCCCCAAAGUGGACAUAUGGUCUUUUGGAAUCGUGGGCAUUGAAAUGGUGGAACGAGAAGUUCCUUACUGGAAUGAAACUCCUGGCACGCCUCAACUCCUGAUAGCCAUACGAGGGAUACCAAAGCUGCAGCAGCCCAACCUGUUUUCUCCUUGCCUGCGUGACUUUCUGAGCUGCUGCCUGCAGACAGAUGAGGCACGGCGCUGGUCUGCCAAGGAUCUCCUGCAGCAUCCAUUUGUAACAUCUGCUGAGCCUGCGUCCAGCCUCGUGCCACUGAUUGUUUCAGUGAAGAAGAGGAAGGAGACAAGAAAGUUAUAAUCACAUCAGGACCAUUUACUCCUCAACCAGUUUAGAGUAGGAUUGUAGGUUAGGAUUAGGGUUAGGGUUAAGACUAGGGAUAGAGUUAGGGUUGGGGUUAGGGUUAGGACUAGGGUUAGGGUUAGGGUUAGGGUUAGGGUUAGGACUAGGGUUAGAGUUAGGGUUAGGGUUAGGGUUAGCGUGAGGGUGAGGGUUAGGGUGAGGGUUAGGUUUAGGGUUAGGGUUAGGGUUAGGGUUAGGGUUAGGGUAGGACUAGGGUUAGGGUUAGGACUAGGGUUAGGGUUAGGACUAGGGUUAGAGUUACGACUAGGGUUAGGGUUAGGACUAGGGUUAGAGUUAGGACUAGGAUUAGGGUAAGAUUGUCUAAUAGGGGUUGAGAGUAGGAUUGGAGAUUAAUAAAGUUUCUGAAACCACAA